CGCUACUACUACUGAGGACCGAGCUUCAUCGCCACAAUCAACCCGAUCACAGGCUCGUCGCGACGCUUGUGCUGUCAUCGCUCAUGCCUACUAGUCAGUAGACUCAUCCCCUCCUCCUCUCGCCCGCACUUCUUCUCGCCAUGCACCUCACCACCUCGAGCGUAGCAGACGCAUGGCCCACGUCCACGUCCACGUCCACGUCCACGUCCACGUCCACGUCUGCCUUGGCCAGUCAUGCCAUCAACGCCUCUCGCCAUCUGCAUCCUUCGCGGCAUCUGUCCCAUCUGCGCAUAGCGCCACGCAUGCGCUCGCUCCAUGUGCCCACCAGCUCUGCUCGAUGCUCUGCCACCAUUCCUGCCCUUUCCCUCGCCUCUUUCACUGGCCCGGCCCUUUGCACGAGCCUCGCGCCUCGGCUCGCCCAACGUCUCUACUCCACCGCCACGCCUGUCCCCAAGUCCGCCGCUUCACCCGCUCCGCCCCGAUAUGGUUUUGCAGCAGUUCGUGCAGCUCCCUUCAAGCACGCUCUGGCCUUUGUGGUCCUGCAUGUGGGCAUCAGCCAAGUGCUCCUUCUUCCCGCUUACUGGGCCGUGCACUCGGCAGGUCUGGGCAAUAGCAUGCUAGCGGGUCCCCAAGCUGCCUGGAUCCUCUCCCGUCCCCUGCCACCGUGGAUGGCCAACGCUGUGGGGCUAGGCUCUGCACCAAGCAAGAGCCCAGCUUUGACGGAGGAGGGACAGGAGAUUCGGUCCAAGCAGGAGAUUAUGCGUCGCAGGCUGGAGAGGCGCGGACGUCGAGCUACAGUCGAGGAUCUGCUCGAGCUCGAGGUGGGCAAGCUGGCUAGCGGCGCUUGGGGAGCUGGAGGUGGUCUCAUUCGCCUCAUCAGCGACUUUCGAGGUUCGGCACAGGAUGCAAGCGGAACAGGCACGGAUCAGGAAUCUCAGCGGGCCAUAGACGAGCUCAAGGGCAGAGGAGGCGGCAAUGGCGCAGGUGCAGGUGCAGGUGCAGGCGCAGGCGCAAAAUCGUGGGGCACCGCGCUGGGCGGGAGUAUAUCCACUCAAGCUAGAGGCAUCGCUGGCAACAUUCGCAUCACGCAGGUCCGCGAUGCUUUUGCUGCUUGGGUCGUCGGUGAGUGUGCGGUGUACCGGUAGCGCUGAUGGUCUCGAGCUCAUGUGUGCAAUGAUGUCUUGCUGCCUUCUUGACGAUGCGCGUGUUCAGUCAAGAUGCUAUUCCCGGUGAGGUUACCUUUGUCAGUCUUCUUGACGCCGCGAUUCGUCAGAGGUCUGGGUAGAAUGUUCGCAAGAAGAAGCGCCGCUUGAAGCAGAUUCUGGCUCAUUUUUCAAGGCUC